AUGCGAGACCUCGCGGCUCAGGUAACGAGCAGCCUGCUGCAGUUUCCCGAGGUGACCAUUCAGGCUCUUGGGGAAGAUGAGCUCACCCGAGGGUCUGUGCUGCGUGGGCGGUUUUCCAGAGGGAGAGAUGGGCUGGCCUGGCUGGCGUGUGGCCCUCAGCUGGAGGUCGUGAGCGCUGUGACGGGAGAGCGGCUCUCUGCACACCGUUUCAGUGGAGCCCGUGAGCAGCCUCCCACCAUCCGCGUGGUGAAGGAGGUUUCCUGGCAGACGGGAACGGGGCUGCUGGUUGGCUUGAGAGAAGCAGAGGGAAGUGUUCUCUGCCUGUACGACCUUGGAACAUCAAGCGUGGUUACAGCAGUAGUUCUGCCAGGAAGGGUAACUGCUGUAGAGCCCAUAACUAACCCCGGAGGAGCCAGCGUGAGGCCUUGGCACCUGCACCGGGCUCUGCAAGGGUUUUGUGGCGUGGCAGCGGUGGCGACAGAUGUUGGUCAUCUGCUUGUGGUGGACCUUGGUUUGGAUGAUCUCUCUUGCAGUCAGAGGGAGAAUGAACCAUCGGCUCUAGUAGUUGUCACCAGAAUUGCUGCUGGAGUUCCACUAAGAAGAGAAAUGGUGACCGGGGAAGGGAGACAUCUCUGCCUCCAGUUACAGUGUCCUUCAGGAACAGCAAUAUCGACCCUGUGCUACAUCAGCAGAAGCAACCAGCUCGCCGUGGGUUUUUCCGACGGCUCCCUGUCACUGUGGAAUAUGAAAACUCUGCAGUGGGAGCACCACUGUCAGCUUGAAGGAGGAAGGAUUCCUGUCUGCGCCGUUACUUUUCAAGAGCCUGAGCACGAUCCUCGCAACUGUUGCUACUUGUGGGCUGUUCAGUCGACGCAAGAAAGUGAAGGCGAUGCCGUGAGUUUACAUCUGUUGCAGUUAGCGUUCGCAGACAGGAGGCGCUCGGCUUCAGGACAAGUCAUGUAUGAGGGUUUGGCAUCCUGUGUUGAAAAGUACAGUUUGGAUCUGACAGGUGGAGCCUUUCCCUUGAGAGGGCAGGGCAGCAAGGCCAAACUACUCAGCUGUCAGGCUGUAGAAAUCUUUCCCAACUGCAUUGACAGAGAAGGCAGCGUUGAUGAAGUCAUAUCUCCUGACACCAGUGUCUCCGUCUUCAGCUGGCAAGUGAACACACGCGGCCAGGGAAAACCAUCUACUUAUUUGGGUGUAUUUGACUUUGACUGCUGGUAUGAGGCUCAAAAGCCAGGCUCACUAAGGCCAGAAGAAUCCCUUCAGGACUGCCCCUAUUUUGCACUGUGGUCACUGGACGCUGUGACAAGCACGACUGCUCCAAACCUCCUUCUGGAUGUUGUGGUGCAGGAGCGCAGCCUAAGCUGGAGAGUUCCUCCUUCUUACCCACAACCUGAGCUGUGUUUUCAUCCAAGCACCUAUAAUUUUGAUGGCACGUGCCUGCUGAGCUCUGGAGUUGUUCAUGUGACGUGCAGCGGCUUCCAGAAGGAGUGUUUUGCAGACUUGACAAAUAAGCUGGCGGUGACCAGCCUCGCAGCUUUGUAUGCACGAGUGGUCCUCUGGUUCUGUGGGUCCCGUCUCCUGCCCGAGGGCUCAGGUGAUGAGAUGCGUUUCUCUAGACCUUUCUACAAUUAUCCUCUGAUUCGGAGCUACUACGCUGGUCAUCGACAGCAACUGGAGCGUUUAUCAAGAGGCAAAUGGGACUCUGACUGCCUGAUGAUCGAUGGGAUGGUUUCCCAGUUAGGAGACCGAGUUGAGGAGAUGUGGCAGAGAGAGGAAGGAGGAACUGGGAAAUACCCACCUCCUAGUUUACAGGCACUGCUGGAGCUCUAUUUGCUAGAAGGCGUUGAAGAAAGCCACAAACACGCAAUCACAAUUUACUUGCUGCUAGACAUCACGCAUCCCUUUCCGAACAAAACAGAACCUUCCGUCGACUCCUUCGCAGCUGCCUUUGCCAUCCCUUCGGGCCUUGUUAAGCUUAUUCGAGGUUUUUGGCUUCUAGACCACAAGGACUAUGAUAGCUCCCUGGCCCUGCUGCUUGAACCAACUGCAACCAAACCUGUGUCGUGGCAAGACGUGCGAAUUCUUCAGUCCCUCAUGUGCCAAGGAGAGCAUAGGCGAGCCCUCAGAUACACGCAGGUGAUGAAGCUAUCGGCCUCCAGCUGUAGCGAAGUGCGGCUUUUCCUCACUGUGCUGUUGUCCAAUAGGUGCAUGGCGGAGGCUUGGGCUCUGCUGCAGGAGCACACCACUCAGUUAAAGGAGGAAGAGCUAUUAAAAGACAUGUAUGACAUCUGUCGGGAGAUGGGACUAGUGGGAGACUUCCUGAGGCUGCCUUUCACAGACUCUGAACAAAAGUGUUUGGAGAAAUUUUUACGGACUCAUGAGAUUCUUUUAGUCCGGCACCUGCAGCGUGCCAACUGUACGGCAGCCCCACAGCUGAACCAGGCGAUGAACGUUCAUCUCAUGAACGACUGUGCUCCUCGCUGGAGACAGAGAGCAGUUGCCAGAAAUUCUCUCUCAGCCCAGCACGGCAAGACCCUUCCUAGAGGUCAGAGGCAGCUGGCUGUAGAGAGAGCCAAGCCUUACCAUCUGCCU